AUGCCUGACGCAACCAGUGGAAAAAACUCUCUCAAGCUGUUGGAUGCCAGUCAACCAGUGAAAUACCAUUUAGACCAUCUAGGAGGACGCUAUGGUAUGGGAAGAGUCGUCAGCUACUACGAAGACGUGUACGAUAUACAACUUUGGGAUAGAAAAUCGAAGAAGACAAAGUGGAACAAAGCCCUGAGACCAGUCAAAGUAGAAGACGAACCUGCUACUGAACAUGUACAGUCCAAUAGAGUGUUAUGUUCUAUUGAGGUAGACAGUAAGUAUAAGAUUGGACAGAACGCUCAAAAGCAACUUGAAGAUUUACAAUUACUUUGUUUUGUUAUAAGAACAAGUGUCUUCCUUGUUAGCUAA